CAGACUUGAUUCGUUGCGCUUCCGAGCUUUUUGGUCUUUGGGUUUCGUUCCCCAACAUCAAUCCUCUCACAAAUUUGCACCCAGCAACAUCAAAAAGCAAAUAAUCAACACUCUCACGCAAACAACCAUCAAUCCCAUCCACAACAAACCAAGCAUCACGAUGAACCAACAAUUCUACAACAACGAAGAAUCCAACAACACUGUGUGGCAACAAUGCGCCUCCAGCUUCCGCCGCUCUCAAGGAGACUUGAUCAGCACCGACACUGUGGAUCCCGUCGUCGAGCAACACAUGCAGCUUCCUCCCGUCUUGGCCACCUUUGACGAGGCCGAAACUCCCAUUUCCAUUCACUACUUUGCCACUGGCAGUAAUGGGGACGAGUACUACGAUUCGGAUUCCGAGGUGGAAUGUGUCGCAUUGCCAUCCUUGCCGUUGGUCCCUUUGAAGCGAUACCGCCAAUCGUGAGCGCCAAACAAUGACAAAUAAUUCUCCUCCUCCUCCUCCAUCUUCCUUCUGGCGUGGCGUACACCCCAUUGAAUGCAUGACAAAACAAACAAAGAGACCAGCUGCUCCUUUGCCUCUCCUUUGACAAUAGAGUUCUUCCCGACGAGCAGCAACAACCAAACUCCACCGAUGCCGCGACCAAUGCUGGCUAUUCUGGCUGGCCGCACGGCAUGUAAAUUAGUUGGCUACAAAAUGGAAUCCAUUGAAAUACACUACUAACUAACUCUAUAAAACACAAUACCAUAC